CUCCAGUCCACUCCACUCCACCUGGCUGCAGGUUACAACAGGGUCAGGAUCGUCCAGCUGCUGCUCCAGCACGGUGGCGAUGUCCAUGCCAAGGACAAGGGGGGUCUGGUACCGCUCCACAACGCCUGCUCCUACGGACACUACGAAGUCUCUGAGCUGCUGCUUAAGCAUGGGGCUUGUGUCAACGCCAUGGACCUGUGGCAGUUCACUCCCCUCCACGAGGCCGCCUCCAAGAACCGUGUGGAGGUGUGCUCCCUGCUGCUGGCCCAUGCUGCCGACCCCACCCUCGUCAACUGCCACGGCAAGAGUGCUGUGGACAUGGCCCCCACGCCGGAGCUCAAGGAGAGGCUCACCUAUGAGUUCAAGGGCCACUCCCUCCUUCAGGCUGCGAGGGAGGCAGACAUGGCCAAGGCCAAGAAGAGCCUGGCUCUAGAGAUCAUCAACUUCAAACACCCUCAGACCCAUGACACGGCACUGCACUGUGUGGUAGCCUCCCCACACCCUAAGAGGAAGCAGGUGACAGAGCUGCUGCUGAGGAAGGGAGCCAAUGUCAACGAGAAGAACAAUGACUUCAUGACGCCGCUCCAUGUAGCAGCUGAGAGAUCCCAUAACGACAUCCUGGAGGUCCUGCAGAAGCACGGAGCAAAGGUGAAUGCCCUGGACUCUCUGGGUCAGACGGCCCUCCACAGAGCAGCCAUGGCUGGACACCUCCAGACCUGCCGACAGUUACUAGGCUACGGGGCCGACGCCUCCAUCCUGUCACUCCAGGGCUUCACCGCCUCCCAGAUGGGCAAUGAGGCCGUGCAGCAGAUCCUCAACGAGAACGUUCCGGUACGGAACUCUGACGUAGACUACCGCCUCCUGGAGGCGGCCAAGGCUGGAGACCUGGACACUGUAAAGUCUCUGUGUUCGGCUCAGAACGUUAACUGCAGGGAUCUGGAGGGACGCCACUCCACGCCACUCCACUUUGCCGCCGGCUACAACCGUGUCACCGUGGUGGAGUACCUGCUGCAUCACGGCGCCGACGUUCACGCCAAGGACAAGGGGGGUCUGGUGCCUCUCCACAACGCCUGCUCCUACGGCCACUACGAGGUGGCCGAGCUGCUGGUCAGGCACGGGGCGUCGGUCAACGUGGCCGACCUGUGGAAGUUCACCCCGCUCCACGAGGCCGCCGCCAAGGGCAAAUACGAGAUCUGCAAGCUGCUGCUGAAGCACGGAGCAGACCCCACCAAGAAGAACCGGGAUGGGAACACGCCCCUGGACCUGGUGAAGGAGGGCGACACGGACAUCCAGGACCUGCUGCGGGGCGACGCCGCCCUGCUGGACGCUGCCAAGAAGGGCUGCCUGGCCCGCGUCCAGAAGCUCUGCAGCCCCGAGAACAUCAACUGCAGAGACACGCAGGGGCGCAACUCCACCCCCCUGCACCUGGCAGCUGGCUACAACAACCUGGAGGUAGCAGAGUACCUGCUGGAGCAUGGAGCUGACGUCAACGCCCAGGACAAGGGGGGGCUCAUCCCCCUCCACAACGCUGCCUCCUACGGGCACGUGGACAUCGCCGCCCUGCUCAUCAAGUACAACACGUGUGUCAACGCCACGGACAAGUGGGCCUUCACCCCGCUGCACGAGGCCGCCCAGAAGGGCCGCACGCAGCUCUGCGCUCUGCUGCUGGCUCACGGAGCCGACCCCACCAUGAAGAACCAGGAAGGACAGACGCCCCUCGACCUCGCCACGGCUGAUGACAUCAGAGCCUUGCUGAUAGACGCCAUGCCGCCCGACGCCCUCCCCAGCUGCCUGAAGUCCCAGGCCACGGUCGUCAGCGCUGCCGCCGUCGCCGCCGCCACGGCGACCGUCGUCUCCCCCACCUCCACCCCCGCCUGCCUGUCAGCAGCCAGCAGCAUCGACAACCUGGCCACGUCCCUCGGUGACCUCACGGUGGGCGGGGCCACGGGGCCCGCGGACGGAGCCUGUGGGUCGGACAGGAAGGAAGGAGAGACAUUGCUGGACAUGACCAUCAGCCAGUUCCUGAAGAGUCUGGGGCUGGACCACCUCAGGGAAAUUUUUGAGAGGGAACAGAUAACGCUGGACGUGCUAGCAGACAUGGGUCACGAGGAGCUGAAGGAGAUCGGCAUCAACGCCUACGGACACCGCCACAAGCUGAUCAAGGGCAUCGAGAGACUGCUGGGGGGACAGCAAGGAGGAAACCCCUACCUGGCCUUCCACUGUGCCAGUCAGGGGACUGUGCUCAUAGACCUGGCGCCUGAUGAUAAGGAGUUUCAGUCUGUGGAGGAGGAGCUGCAGAACACAAUCAGGGAGCACCGCGACGGAGGGAACGCCGGAGGGGUGUUCAGCCGCUACAACAUCCUCAAGAUCCAGAAGGUGGUCAACAAGAAGCUGAGGGAGAGGUACUCCCACAGGCAGAAGGAGAUCGCCGACGAGAACCACAACCACCACAAUGAGCGCAUGCUCUUCCAUGGCUCCCCCUUCAUCAACGCCAUCAUCCACAAGGGCUUCGACGAGCGCCACGCCUACAUCGGGGGCAUGUUCGGGGCGGGGAUCUACUUUGCCGAGAACUCCUCCAAGAGCAACCAGUACGUGUACGGGAUUGGAGGAGGCACCGGAUGUCCCGCCCACAAGGACCGCUCCUGCUACAUCUGCCACAGGCAGAUGUUGUUCUGCCGGGUGACCCUGGGGAAGUCCUUCCUCCAGUUCAGCGCCAUGAAGAUGGCCCACGCCCCCCCCGGACACCACUCUGUGAUUGGCCGGCCCAGCGUCAACGGCCUGGCCUACGCAGAGUACGUCAUCUACAGGGGAGAGCAGGCCUACCCAGAAUACCUGAUCACCUACCAGAUCCUGAAACCAGAGACCUGCCCUGCACCCAUAGCCCCUGGGGAGCAGAAGUCCUAGGACCAGAACCGGGACCAGAACCAGAACUAGGACCAGGACCACACACACUGUUACCCUCGUCUCUCCUUUUUAAACUUGACACAUUCUGGGCUUAGCUAGCCCAAUCCAACCUACUGGACCAGAAGCAGGACCAUGACAACACAGAGACAAGGCUGUUCCAAGACCACAUCCCCUCCAUGGACACUCAGUUCUAUUGAAAUGACUGUAAACCCCACCCCCAUCCUCCUCCUCCUCACUCUACAUCACUGAAACGACAUCACCUUCACUGUUCCCUCACACCUUCCUCAUCCCUGCAGUGGUGGUUGUUGUUAUUAUUAUUAUUAUUGUUUACAAUUGUUUAUUGUUGUUUAUCCCACUUUGGUUUGACCACAACAGUGCUGCCUUCACCUGACACUAUGUACAUCACAGCACUUCAUAGCAGAUGAAGCUGCUCUCUAAUUGGCUGUGCUGGGGGGAGAGGUAGGUCUACUGGUCCAGAUAGACAGAGGUGAUUGGUGAAAGUUUGGGACAGGAACUUGAAAGUCAUUCGUCAAAGACUGAAGUGCUCAAUGGAAAACGACCUUUAUAAUAACGUAGGGCUGGGAUGAAGGCUUGUUGAGGCCUCACACUCUGGAACAGGGGAGUUCCAGAGGAACGUUGAAUCUCCAACACACACGUGCGCGUGAACACGUCCACACCGCAGUCUGUUUUUCAAACCACACUAACGCCCAGCUCUGCCCUCCUCACUGACUUUCAUCAUCAUGUCUUAGUGACUGGUUUUGACCCUGUCGUGGUUUUGAAUAUGUUGUAAUGACGGGACCAUGUUUCCAUGGCAAUUUCUCGUAGAGACCGGUGUGUUUGCAGGCACAGCUACCUUGGCUGCUAGGUCAGCUCCUAGCCGUACCCUGGGCUGGUCUGAGUCCUCUCUGACUGCAGGGUUCUGUAAGUGCUGGGGAUGGUUAUGGUUCAGGAACAGCACCAGGAUAUGUGUGUGUGUGUGUGACCAGCUCAUUUUAAACAAGCUAAUCAUUUUAAACAAGCUAAAAAACGGUUUGAUGGACCUGACUUUGCACAAGAAAACCGGAACCUUCUGCCUCCUCCUGUCUCCAGAGUGGGGAGGUGGGCUGCACCCAGUCAAACUCAUCAUGUCAUGGAUUAGCACUUUCUGGUGGGUGGAGGAGGGGAGGUGUAGGAGACUGGGGGGUCGGGGGGGGGUGGGGUAAAGAUGUCUAGUAUUGUAUAAGCAGAUGACGAUGCCUUUGUAAAGCUCACCUUGUCGUUUACUAAUGAAGAGAGAGCUUUUAUUGAUACUGUAAAUAACUUUCUUUUUUUGUGGUUUUGAAUCUUUGAUUUUGUUUUAAUUUUUUUCUCGGAAGAAAGGCAUCUUCAUAUGAGAUGUUCCGCUACUGACAUAAGGUGUGCGUGUGUGUGUGUGUGCGUAUGUGUGCGUGCGUGCGCGAGAGAAUCUUACGACAUAACGGACUACCACCCUAAGCCUGAUCUGGUUUAUUUGUUUCCCCACUUCCUUCCUGUAUAAACCAUGUGACCAGAGUGAGCUGACCAAUGAAAUGCCACUCCUCUUCAUUCCUCUACAGGUGUCUAAAUAAAGAACUGUUCAUAUCUGA